AUGGAGCCACCAACACUACUGGCUCAUGGCAUCGGACCUCCGAUUGAGUCUUACGGCCUCCCUGCUCUCUUCCACGAUGGAGUUGUGGCCGCCAUGGAGAAGGGGAUAUUUGUCGCGACCUCGGUGGGCAACAGCGGCCCAAAACCUCGGGUCCUGCACAAUGGGACCCCCUGGGUCACCACCAUUGGCGCCGCCACCAUCGAUCGGGACUUCGCCGGCAUCGUCGAUCUCGGAGAUGGCAGCUCCAUCAUCGGGCAAUCAUUGUACGCUGGAAGGCCAGCUUCCACCGGGCAUGCAUUGCCCUUGGUGUUCAUGGGGUCUUGUGGCAACAGGACCUUGCUGAAGAAUGCGCGUCACAAGAUGAUAGUAUGUGAUGCCAAGGAUCUCGAAUUCGCCACCUCUCAAGUUGAGUCUGCUAAAGUGGAUGUUGCCCUCUUCAUAUCUGCAUCCUUGUACAAGGACUUAUACGUCCAAUUCUCGUUCCCUGGGGCUAUCAUCAGCCCUCAAGAUAGUAAGACCAUCUUGGAGUACAUAAAUAAAAGCUCGGACCCGAGAGCCAUGUUGAGAUUCCGAGAGACCAUCUUGGGCACAAAGCCUGCCCCCAUGGUGGCUGACUACACCUCCAGAGGGCCCUCGGCAAGCUGCCCAACUGUGCUGAAGCCAGACAUCGUGGCUCCUGGCUCCUUGAUCCUAGCAUCUUGGGCACAGAAUUCAUCAAUUGGGUUCGACAGGUCUCAUAAAUUGUAUAGCCCAUUCAACAUCAUAUCAGGAACAUCUAUGGCCUGCCCUCAUGCAGCAGGCAUAGCUGCAAUGAUCAAGGGUGCAAGGCCAGACUGGAGCUCUGCGGCGAUUCGAUCUGCGCUGGUGACCACUGCAAACAAUUUGGACAACACCAUGAUGCUAAUUAGAGACAUGGGGUAUGCCGAUCGGCCGGCGGCGACUCCGCUGGCUAUCGGGUCCGGUCACAUUGAGCCCAACAGGGCACUCGAUCCUGGUCUUGUCUAUGAUGCUAGUACCGAGGACUAUGUGAGACUCUUAUGUGCCAUGAAAUAUACCAGCAAGCAGAUAAAGAUGAUCACCAAGACCUAUUCUUUCGAUUGCUCGCAUGCAUCUUUAGAUCUCAAUUAUCCAUCCUUCAUUGCAUUCUUCAAUCCUAACAAGACUGCUGCUAGCGAUAAGGUUGUCCAAGAGUUCCGAAGGACGGUGACGAAUGUGGGAGAUGUUAGACUAUAA